GCAUCAAACGUCCAUAAAAAUCCCAAGUGAAAGCUGAAGGAAUAAGUUCAUGAAAAGCAGAACCUGCAAAACCAGAAGAGGCUGAAACCAAAAGGAACGUUCAUGUUGGAAUAUCCCAAUACCGAUUAAACAAAGAGAGAUGGAAAAUAAGGAAGGCGAAGACGGCUUGCCUCAAAACCCUAAUCCUAACCCUAAUCAGACCCGAGGUUCAACAAAGGGAAGAUCCUGCAAGGGCUGCCUCUAUUACUCUUCUGUACAGAAAUCCAAAUCCAAGUACCCAACUUGCGUUGGCUUCUACAGAACUCUCAAUCAAGUGCCCAGCUACAUUGUGGGAGAAACGGAGUUGGAAGCUUCAAAAGCCGAUCGCAACCUUACGGAUUUUAAGUAUGGCUGCGUAGGUUACUCGGUGUUCUUAGACAGGAAAGAUUCAAAUGAUCCACAUAAUAAACAAGCGGAAUUGCCAUUUUGUGUUGGUCUUGAGGUAUUAUAUGACAAAAGACCCGCUGGCCAGGCUCAUUCUCCUGCUCCUGCUCGUAAAAGUGAAGACAAUGUUCGACCUAUUCCUCAACCUCAAAGCUACAAACCACAUUCAACUGGAGAUGAGUACCUGACCAGGUUUAAGAGGAAUGCUGGCCUAGUAGCAUCAGGCGUUGCUAGAAAUUUGAACAGGGUAGGCAACCAUAUAAAACAGAGCGUGGAUAGCAUCUUAUUUGGAAGGUCCAAGUAACAGUUUUUGAUUUCAGCAGUAAUACACAGCAUGCUAAAAACCCGGUACCUGAAUUGGUAGUAUGACUGGUAUCCCAGUUCUGUAAUUAAAUUAAUGUAUAACAUUGUCAUCAAGCAAAGGUUUUCUUCUUUUUGCCAACCUUUUGUAACAGUAAACAUUUUUUCCAUUUUUUGUUUGUUUGUUGUAACAGUAUAUACACUUUUACUCAAAUAAAUGUUAAUUACGUCGAAAUCAUCAUU